AUGGAGUCUUUCCGAGCAGACCACGCUUGUGAGGUUCUGAAAGACCCUAAAUAUCCACUAUAUUCUAGGUCGCGAAGUCGUGAUCGUAAGAAGCGUAAGCGCAGUUCUAGCCGCGACAGGAAACGUAGUUCGAGCCGAGAUCGUCGUCGUCGUCGUAGUCGAUCGAAGUCUCGUGAUCGUGAUCGUAAGCGCAGUCGAAGCAGGGAUCGCAAAAGGGAAAGAAGCAGAUCACGCGAAAGGAGACGUUCGAGAUCUCGUUCGCGUGAUCGUCGCCGUUCAUCAAGGGAUCGUCGUCCGUACCGUGAUCGUGACCGUCGUUCUCGAUCUCGUCCUCGUGUCAUUGACCAUCGUGAUCGACGUUCGCCAAUGCGGAGAUCGCCACCGCAACGAAAUCGUCUUCCCGGUCCGGAGCGACGUGAUGUUAUGCCAUUCACAGCACGGAAUUCUCCACCACGUGGUGCAAAACUGGACAUGAGUGCAGAGGAAAGAGAUCAAAGGACAUUGUUCAUUCUACAGAUAGCUCGACAAACUCGACCACGUGAUCUCGAGGAGUUCUUCAGUGCUGUGGGUAGUGUACGAGAUGUGCGAAUUAUCACUGAUUCACGAACAGGACGAUCAAAAGGAAUUGCCUACGUCGAAUUUUGGGAGGAGGAAAGUGUUCCUCUUGGAUUAGCGCUCAGUGGACAAAAACUCUUAGGUGCUCCUCUUGUGAUCCAACGCACAUGUGCUGAGCGUAAUCGAGCAGCCAAUGCAACGAUUGGCACUUCGCUUGGAUUUGGUCCAGCGCCUUCAAAGGGACCAUGUAAGCUCCAUGUGUCGCAUCUACAUCCAAAUAUCACGGAAAGUAUGCUCGAUGGUAUUUUCGAUGCGUUUGGACGUGUCGAGAAGAUUGAAGUAGUCAAAGAUCCCGCUGGAAACAGUAUGGGCUAUGGUUUCGUGACGGUCAGACGGAUUCGUGCUCAAAAACGCAAAUUAAAUAAGCUCAGAAGUAUUGGUAUUGAGUAUGAAUUGGAUACGAUAUCAUCAAGUUCUAAAGCAGAAGAAAGCACAAAGCCCUUAAAAACGGCUGGAGGUUCGAAACCACAAGUGAAGAGGUUAAAAAGUGCAAAGCCUCCUGUCAAGAAGGUCAAAGGUGCCUACGAAUUAUUCGGUGGUGAUCUGAAAUGA